UGCUGUUAACAUUAUGCUUUGCACUGCUAUGCUACCCGCUCUGUCGAGAUACUUGCUAGGUAGGAUGGACGCUUCUGCCAAGGACUUCCUCAUCGCAAAGGGCAGUAUAGUGCUGUUAGUGGCUGGCUGUUUCGGCCUGUUCCUCGCCGCCUCGGCAGCUGGCAUGAUCAUAAGCCUCGUUCUGUUUACCUUGGGUACAGGCUUACCCUGACGCACAUCCCGGAG